AUAAAAAAAAACUGGACAAGAAGAAGCCAAUAAAUAUCUUUAUUGGGACACAAUCCAUAACACUACAAUUAUCCCUUCCCCCUAUUAUAGAAAACCCUCUGCUUGUGCGCUAAAUCCCGCCCCCCCGAGCCUGACUCCUCCUCCUCUCCUCGCAGCCCCUGCUGCUGUCAGGCAGCUCCUCCAGUCAUUGAGUGAGUGACCCGGGAUGGAGAAUCUGCUGGAGAACCCGGUGCGCGCGGUGCUUUACCUGCGGGAACUCACCACCAUUGUGCAGAACCAGCAGAGCCUCAUCCACACCCAGCGGCAGCGCAUAGACGAGCUGGAGAGGCGACUGGAUCAGCUGGGGAACGAGAAUCACAACCUGCGGGGUCAACAGCAGCCUCAGGGGCUGAUCCAAAGCGCCGGAGAAACCCAGAACCCCGGGCAGAUCGUGAGCAGCGGACAGAACCAGCUCCAGGUCCAGACGGUAGCGCAGAGCAGCGCAAACACCGAGGAGCCGCCAAAUGCGCAUCAGCAGCCGCCGAUCACCCCCCAGACUGAGGAACCAGAUCCUGUGCCCAACCCUGUACCCCACAUCCACCAGCACAAGCCCCCCGCCCUGUGUAAGGCGAUCCUGGGCAGGAAAGCAGAAAAUGAGACUGUGUUGCAUCAGUUCUGCUGUCCCGUUGCCGAUGCCGAGCAGAAACCGUCUCCACCCAGUGAUGAAUCUGCCAACAAGAAGAUGAUCUGCUCAGCGCUGGAGUCCCACGACCAUGAAAAGCCUGCAAAUAACCAGCAGGCCGGAGAGGAGGAACAGGCGAGUAAAGCUGAUCUGCUCCCCGCAGAUUCACCAGUAAGACUACAGAGAGGGAAGGGGAUGGCCAGCUGCUCACAUGGGAACAACAACCCAGAUUAUGAACUCCCUCUGGAUCUGAAGAACAAGCAGAUUGAAAUGUUGGAGCACAAAUAUGGAGGUCAUCUGGUGUCCAGAAGAGCAGCAUGCACAAUCCAGACAGCCUUCAGGCAGUACCAGCUUAGCAAAAACUUUGAGAAGAUCCGAGACUCCCUGCUGCAGAGUCGCUUGCCCCGACGAAUCUCUCUACGCAAGGUGCGGGUGCAUAACCCAGAGAGCAUUCCUCCAGCUGAGAAGGCUUUGUUGGAGAGUUACAACCUGAUGGGAAUUCCAUUGGUUCGAUCACCAUCCCUUCCAGCUACUAUUAGUGGGGCACUGACAGAGCUAGAAGACUCCUUUACUGAGCAGGUUGAGGCACUGGCUAAAUCAAUUGAUGAUGCCCUCAGCACUUGGAGUCUGAAGACCAUGUGUGCCUUCCCUGAGGCUGGGUCCUACCAAAUUCGAGAAGCAUUUAUGCAGCAAAACCCAGAAUUGGAACCACCCAAGACAGAGGAGAGAGAGACUGAAGAAAGGCAGAUUGGGACACUGCCCAAAAGCAGUAGUACAUUGAUGAUGACCUUCAGAGAUGUCACAGUUCAGAUAGAUAACAACAACAUUUCUGUCUCUUCAUCCACCUCACUUUCUAUGUCCAACUGCUUGGCUGGAUCUCAGACCCCAAAGCCAGAUGACGACAGGAUUGGAGGAGAUGUGGCAUCAGAACCACCAUCUUCUCAGGAGGCUUUGACUCAUAAUAAUCACAUUACACAGAACUCCUUCCCAGAAGUCAACGGGGAUGGUAUAGGAAAGGAGUUGGUAGGGCCCAUACAAACUGAAGGUGAAACCACUGACCUCUCUGAGCAGCUCAGCAGCAGUAGUACCUCCACUUCUGCUAAAUCUGUAUCUGAGGUCUCUUCUAAGGAAACCUUGCAGGCUAUGAUUCUCAGCCUUCCCCGGUAUUAUUGUGAGAACCCAGCCAGCUGCCGGUCUCCAACCUUGUCCACCGAUACCAUAAGGAAGCGACUAUACCGCAUUGGGCUUAAUCUCUUCAAUGUUAAUCCUGACAAGGGCAUCCAGUUCCUCAUCUCUCGAGGUUUUAUUCCAGACACCCCCAUUGGGGUGGCCCAUUUCCUGCUGCAGAGGAAAGGACUGAGCCGUCAGAUGAUUGGGGAAUUUCUUGGAAAUAGCAAGAAGCAGUUCAACCAUGAUGUCCUUGACUGUGUCGUCGACGAAAUGGACUUCUCCAACAUGGAACUGGAUGAGGCUCUGCGAAAAUUCCAGGCACAUAUCCGUGUACAGGGUGAAGCACAGAAAGUAGAGCGUUUGAUUGAAGCGUUUAGCCAGCGUUACUGUAUGUGUAAUCCGGAAAUCGUACAACAGUUCCACAACCCAGACACCAUCUUCAUCUUAGCCUUUGCCAUCAUCUUGUUGAACACCGACAUGUACAGUCCAAGUAUAAAACCAGACCGUAAGAUGAUGCUGGAGGAUUUCAUCAGGAACUUGAGAGGAGUAGAUGAUGGGGCUGACAUUCCAAAGGAUAUGGUGGUCAGAAUCUAUGAGCGGAUACAACAGAAAGAGCUAAAAUCAAAUGAGGAUCAUGUGACCUAUGUGACCAAGGUGGAAAAUUCCAUUGUGGGAAUGAAAAGUGUACUGUCUGUCCCGCACCGGCGCCUGGUUUGCUGCAGCCGCUUGUUUGAGAUUACAGAUGUUAACAAGGUGCAGAAACAGGCCGCUCAUCAGAGAGAGGUUUUCCUUUUCAAUGACCUGCUGCUUAUCUUAAAACUUUGCCCCAAGAAGAAGACAUCAUCUACCUACACGUUCUGCCGAGCGGUUCCCCUGCUUGGGCUGCAGUUCCACCUCUUUGAGAACGAAUAUUACCCCCAUGGGAUCACCCUGGUCAGCCCUCUCUCGGGCUGCGAGAAAAAGCUGGUUUUGCACUUCUGUGCUCUAAGCUCCGAAGAACUGCAGAAAUUCCUGGAGGAUCUGAAAGAAUCUAUCUGUGAGGUGACGGAGAUGGAGCAGAUUCGCAUCGAAUGUGAGCAAAAGUGUGAGCGUCAGUGUACAGAUGUUUGCAUUGAUACAUGUAAGCAUCUGUCUCAAUAUGCACAUAUGUGGGAGCUAGAGAGACAACAUACAGGGCACACUGCCCCGGCGAAGACGAAUGGAUCUCAGUUGGACGUUCAGGUCAAGGAGGAAUCCCCCACCGGUAAGCGUGAGCCUCCUGAGAAGGACACAGACAGCACAGUGGAGGUGUCAAUUCACAACAGGCUUCAGAUGUCCCAGCACAUCGACCCCCAGGGGUCAGAGAAUGGAGCUCCGGGCAACACGGCUCUUAAAGAGCAGCGGGAGUCUCUGCAGGUCGCCCAUUCCAAGCGGCUUCUGCAGUGUCAGCAGAUUGUCAAGGUGAUUGUGUUGGACGCACCUGGCCGGGCACUGCCCGCUCUUGAUGCUCCCAGUCGGGCAUUGCCCGCUGCCGACCAGACUGUCACCCGCUACUUGUCUGGGUCCUGCUCUUCCACUCCCCUGAGAAGCAUUGGUGGGGGUGUCCACCGACCCCCUCUCCCCCCUCCUCCACCUCCUUAUAACCACCCCCAUCAGUAUUGCCCACCAGGGGUUUUGCUCAGAGAGAGAAGGUACUCCAGUGGCUCCCGGAGCCUGGUUUAAGCCCUGAAGCACUUACCCUCUUCCUUGGACUAACCUACCUGCACUCAGUGGUCCUUGCACAUUUACCAUCCCUAGCACAGCCCUUGCACACUGAUGCCUGCCAACUCAAUGGAAUCUAAAGCUUUUUCUUGCACCUUCACCUUGGGUCUCCACUUCUCCCGCAAGGUAUUCCUCCCACACCCAACACUUUUUAUGCCCCACGGAGUUCUAGUUUGUGUACUUUUAGUAGCCAAGACCUCUCUUUCUCUCCCAAAUGUUUUGAAUGUGGAGAAACCUUUGUAUUAUCAGCACAUCCUAAAAAAAUGGCUCCCAACCCACCUUAUUCUCCUCCCAUCCAUCCCAAGUGGGGGGCCACACAAACAUUGCACUGCUGGUCCGAUCGCUCUCUGGUGGACAGAACUGGAAUUGCUGGGAAGAUGUUUGGAGGCUGGAAAAAUAUUCAUCUGGAACAACCUACAAGGAGUCGGGAGGAGACCAUCCUUGAGGAAAUGGACUGUGUAGAACACAUUGAUUUUCCAAAGCAUGAAAGGAACCAUAGUUACAUAACCUUACUUACAUACCCUUCUGGUCCAGUAACCCAUAGCAACCAUAACCAUCAGCAGUUAGCUUUGACUGGCCUAGAAUAAUGAAAGUAAAUGGUUAGUUAGUUGCUUGUGGGUGAGUGCCCAGGGGCUUAUUUUACGCAUGUCAAUACUGAUGAAAAUCACAUCCCGUGCACUGGUAUAUACUCAUCCCUAGCCAUGGGUCAUUUACACGUAACUUUGCAAUAUAAUGGAAAUUUGUAAAAAGACCUGAAAGCAUUUAUCACACAUACAUGUCUUCUGGGCUCAGUUACCUUUAUGGGAUCCCAGCCAGCAGUAGCCUAGAAGAGUAUCAUUUCAAGGUAGGAGGCUUAUGGGAAAACUCAGUAAUUCAUCACAGAAUAUACCUCUUGACUGUACAUGUGGCACAAUAUCUUGUAUAACAGCAAUAUGUUCUGAUAGGGGCUGUGGGAUAGCAGAUAUAGUAGGGAGAGAUGGUGCCUAUAGUAACAAUGGAUAAUAGUCUCUGGGAAGGGAGUGUGACUGUGGGAUAGCAGGU